ACCGGAUCGCCUGACAGGUGCGCUGCGCCAUCUGUUGCACCGGCGAACAUCAGCUCUAGCUCGGCCCUCGGAUGCGGUGCGAACAGAGCGCUCGCCGGCGGUCCGCGCUACGCCUUUCCGGGGGAAUCCUACUUCUUUAGACGAAGAAACUAAUAUGUUUAACCUGAACGGUGUCUGAUAAAGGCAAGAUCACUGGGAUACAGCGAUAUCGCUGCUACCCUGCCGUGUCGCGUUUAUCAUUAUUAACACCGGACUUGGGAUCCAGAGGGAAUGGCCUCGGUAACAUCCAUAGAAGCGGUGAAGAGGAAGAUCCAGAGCCUGCAGCAGCAGGCGGACGAGGCGGAGGACCGAGCAGAAGCGCUGCAGAGGGAGGUGGACCUGGAGCGGCAGGCCAGGGAGAGAGCCGAGGCUGAGGUGGCGUCCCUGAACAGACGUAUCCAGCUGGUAGAGGAGGAGUUGGAUCGUGCCCAGGAGAGACUCGCCACCGCGCUACAGAAGCUGGAGGAGGCCGAGAAAGCCGCAGAUGAGAGCGAGAGAGGAAUGAAGGUGAUAGAGAACAGAGCAUCAAAAGAUGAGGAGAAGAUGGAGAUCCAGGAGAUGCAGCUGAAGGAGGCCAAACACAUCGCUGAGGAGGCUGACCGCAAAUAUGAGGAGGUGGCUCGUAAACUGGUGAUUCUUGAGGGUGAGCUUGAGCGCUCUGAGGAGCGAGCUGAAGUGGCUGAGGCUCGAGUCAGGCAGCUGGAGGAGGAACUUAAACUCAUGGACCAGAAUAUGAAAUCCAUGAUGGCCGGAGAGGAAGAGUACUCCACAAAGGAAGACAAAUAUGAAGAUGAAAUCAGGGUACUCACUGACAAACUCAAAGAGGCUGAAACGCGUGCUGAGUUUGCUGAGAGGUCUGUGGCGAAGCUUGAGAAGACCAUUGAUGAUUUAGAAGAUGAGGUGUACGCUCAGAAACUGAAGGGUAAAGCCCUCAGCGAGGAGCUGGAUCUGGCUCUAAACGACAUGACUACCCUCUAAGCGCUCUCUCCGUCUCCUCCUCAUCCUUCUUCUCUUCCGUGUUCUGUCUGUUUUUCUCCACGUGACUGAAUCAGACAUCAGGCGUUGUUGUUCAGUCUGAUUUGACGGCUGUCUUUCUCUCCUGUCUUUGUGAUCUGUAAUGGAUCGGUCAGCGUUGUGUGUUGUUCUCAUGACUGUCCAUUCUGAGGUGUUUGAUAAGAGUGGCUUUCAUAAUGCUUCCACUGCAGCAUCUGUGUCAUACGUGCUCGCCGCUACUUUACUUUAUCCUGCUGCUGUAAUAAAUGUAAAAAUGUCUUC